AGAGCUUUGCGUAAUAUUCCCUAUUAUAUGUGAUUAGAGUCCCAUCACUAAUUUAGAAAGGGGCUUUGGCGCGCGGGACGUAGGUAACCGGUUACCUAGGUACCUAUAUUUAUUUUUCUUCAAUCAGUCAGUUUGUUUUGAUUUGCAAAGAGUAGGCUACGUAGUAUCUACUUACAACACCUAGGUACUAGCAAUUUGUUGCUGUUUGUGCAUCAUACUUUUCUUCAAUGGUUUUUGAUGCGGAGUCAUAGUUAUAAAAUUACAUAAAGUAAAACAAAUAUUAUGAAGUUCUUCCAAUGGUGCCCAAACACGAUUAUAACAUAAUGGAAGAAACUAAGACAGUAAAGGUUGUUGUGUUGGGAGACAUUGGUCGAAGCCCACGUAUGCAAUACCAUGCGUUAUCUCUUGCAAACAAUGGGUUCAAAGUAAUUAUUAUCAGCUAUCUUGAAACGACACCUCCGCGCGAGGUAAUAGAUCAUCCUAGAAUUAGUGUAACAAAGUUAAAUCCUAUAGUUUUUCAUAAAGGACCGAAACUGGUUCAAUAUGUGUUGAAAGCGAUUUGGCAAACAAUAAGUCUGUUUUUAACUUUGUUUGUGAGUGGCCGCUGUGAUUAUUUACUAUGCCAGAACCCGCCGGCGAUCCCCACGCUGCCCGUGUGUCGGUGGUACUGCCUGAUUACGAGAACUAAGUUUGUCAUUGAUUGGCACAACUAUGCAUAUUCUAUAAUGGCCCUAGCUUUACCCCCAGACCAUUUGUUGGUGAAAUUAUCUAAGUUCAUUGAGAGGUACUUUGGCCAAACAUCUCAGUACAAUCUUUGUGUCACAUAUGCAAUGAAAGCAAAUUUAUUGAACAACUGGGAAAUACAAGCAACUGUGCUAUAUGACAGGCCUCCGAAACUGUUCCAUCCUAUCACUGUUGACGAGAAGCACAAAUUAUUUGUAAAGCUCAGCCAGCACUACCCUCAGUUUCGAAGCCUGGGCCGAGAGCAUCUAAACUCCGGAGAUGGUGUCAUUAAGACAGCUGUGACUGAGGUGGGGGGAGGGGGCGCUCAGUUGAGGCCAGACCGGCCAGGUGUGCUCUUCAGCAGCACCAGCUGGACCCCUGAUGAGGACUUCAGUGUCUUGAUGCAGGCCCUACAAGUAUAUGAAACAACAUACAGUCUCUCAGAGACAACAGAGACAGAUAAGCCAAAACUGCCAAAACUAUUGUGUGUUAUAACAGGCAAAGGUCCUAUGAAAGAAAACUACAUUAACCAAAUAUCUAAGAGGAAUUGGAAACAUGUGACUGUUGUAACUCCUUGGUUAGAAGCAUGUGACUAUCCCACGAUGGUGGCCAGUGCAGACCUGGGCGUCUGCCUCCACACAAGCUCAUCGGGGCUGGACCUGCCUAUGAAAGUCGUGGACAUGUUUGGAGCAGGGUUACCAGUAUGUGCUUAUGAUUUUAGAUGUUUAGAUGAAUUGGUGAAGAAUGAAAAAAAUGGAUAUAUCUUCAAAAAUAGCCAUGAGUUAUCAGAGAAAUUGAUAGAGUGGUUCCAAGACUUUCCAAACAAUGAGGUCCAGAAUGAUAAAGCAGCAAAAAUGAAGUCUGAAUUAAAAGAUUUUCAAAAGUCAAGAUGGGAAGAUAACUGGAAUCUGAUUGCAAAGAAGAUUUUUGAAUCUUGACAAGUUGGGUUUACGAAAAGAAGAAUUUUAUGUUAUUUUAAAAUUAAAUUGUUUUAACUAUUAUCAAGAA